AUGCUGGCCCAAGUGGCUCUCGCGUACAUAGCCCUUGUAUGGUAUGCUGUCAUAGUAUCUGUGGCGUUCCUAGGUUUUCUAUGCAUCCUAGUACUGUUUUACAAACCUCCUUUGCCUACGGGGGACUUGUCGAAGCUAGAACCCGUUACAAUCAUCAGGCCAAUCAAGGGCAUAGACCCAGAGCUAGUUUCAUGUUUGGAGCUGUCGUUUCUUCAGGAUUAUCCAAGGGACAAGCUCCAAAUUUUGUUUUGUGUGUACGACGCGGAUGAUCCCGCCAUCCCCACAUUGAAGAUGCUUGUUGCCAAGUAUCCCAAUACCGAUGCGCAAAUCUUGAUCUCAGAACCUCAUACUGACCAUUUUGGUCCAAAUCCGAAGGUGAAUAAUUUGGCAAAAGGUUUUCUAGCGGCGAAAUACGAUAUUCUAUGGGUUAUGGAUCUGAAUGUGUGGGCCUCUCCAUAUAUUCUUACGAACUCUGUGAUGGCAAUGCUAGAAAACACAAACUGUGGUACGCCGGUCGAAAAAAACGAUCGCAAGGUCAAGUUGGUUCACCACGUUCCGUCUGCUCUUUCCUUAGACAGUGCUAACUCAGGUUUUGGGAGUUUGUUAGACGAAAUGUUCCUUUUCACAUCUCACCUGAAGUUUUACGUCAGUUUAAACAAUCUUUCUAUCGCUCCAUGUGUUAAUGGAAAAUCCAACUUAUAUCGCAAGUCGGAUCUCGAUUUUGCCGUGUCUCGCAUUCCUUACGCAAAAUCUCAAUUCUUUUCUGAAGCUUCAGUGAAACAAGACGCAUUGCGCAUCUCUAAUAAAGGGCCAGGCCAUCUGAUUGAGUUCUUUGCAAAGUAUAUCGGUGAAGAUAAUAUGAUUGCAAUUGCUCUCUGGGAAAAUUGCAAUGGCAGAACAGCUCUAACAGGUGAUAUUGUCAUUCAGCCGUUGCUUUCUCACAAUAAGUCCAAUUCCAUCAAAGAAUAUUUCAAUAGAAGAGUCAGAUGGCUAAGGGUUAGAAAAUAUAUGGUCAAAGCUGCUACUUUGGUGGAGCCAACCACAGAAUCUAUCAUAUGUGGCAUUAUCGGAACUUUUGCAUUGUCAACACUCUUGUGGAACCAAACUUUCAACGUUUGGUUCUUUAUUUUGCAUAUGGCCUGUUGGUUUGCCUGUGACUAUUACCAGUUCUAUGUUUUGGUCAACAAUAUCACUAAUUCACGGCAUCUGCCGGUGUGGCUUCGAAACGUAGCACCAAUGUCUAGAAGUUUGUGGCAAUGGAGCCAAAUUUGGCUCAUGAGAGAAGCAUUCGCAUUACCGAUAUGGAUUGAUGCGAUGCUUGGCCAGGAAAUCAACUGGAGAGGCAAACCCUUCAAAAUCAAAACCGAUCUUUCUGCCGAGGAACUUCAGUGA